GUUACCGGUGUCCGGGCUGUGAUGGAGCGCUGGAGGGGCAGAGUGGCUCUGGUGACCGGAGCCUCGGCUGGGAUUGGAGCGGCUGUGGCAGUAGAGCUGGUCCGGCUCGGAAUGAAAGUGGUGGGCUGCGCCAGGGACGUCGGAAAAAUCCAGAAACUGGCAGCAGAGUGUCAGAGUGCUGGCCAUCCUGGUGUUUUGUUUCCUUUCAAGUGCGAUUUGACCAAAGAGGAGGAGAUUCUGGCCAUGUUUGCAGCGAUCAAAGAGCAGCACAAAGGUGUGGACGUGUGCAUCAACAAUGCUGGCUUAUCUCAUCCAGAACCUCUGCUAAGUGGCAAAACCAGCAGCUGGAAGAACAUGAUGGAUGUGAACGUUCUUGCACUGAGCAUCUGCACGCGUGAAGCUUAUCAGUCAAUGAAAGAGAGAAACGUGGACGAUGGGCACAUCAUAAACAUCAACAGCUUGUGUGGGCAUAGUGUGAUUCCCCAUGCUGAUCUACAUUUCUACACCGCCACAAAGUAUGCUGUAACCGCACUGACGGAGGGCCUGAGGCAGGAGCUGCGUGCAGAAAAGAGCCAUAUCCGAGCCACAAGCAUUUCUCCUGGUUUAGUGGAGACUGAAUUUGCAUCACGGUUCUAUAAAGACAAUCCAGAUAAAGCAGCUGGUGCAUACUCUGCAUAUAAGCCUCUGGAAGCAAUAGAUGUUGCCAAUGCUGUUACCUACGUGCUCAGAGCUCCUCCUCAUGUUCAGAUUGGAGAUGUUCUGAUGAAAGGCACUGAGCAGGCUUAGGUUUGACCUACAUGAUUCCCCCUGAAUGAACCUACUUUACUUUACUUUACUUUACUUUACUUUACUUUACUUUACUUUACUUUACUUUACUUUACUUUACUUUACUUUACUUUACUUUACUUUAAUUUACUACAUUUAUAAACAGUUUGGUUUAUGAUGUUUGUAUUGAAAAUUUUCACUGAUGUAUAAAAUAAAAUGAUGGUGGGGGGCUUGUUGAGUGUUCUUAUUUUACUGAAGGAGACCUGAUAUAAACAACAGUUUACGGUAGAAAACAUUUAAUUGUCAUUUUAACAUUAUCUCAAAAAUAUAUUUCACUCUGCCAACAAUAGUAUUAAAAUGUAAAGUUAAUAUAUAAUACCUGACUAAUACACGGGAAAGUAAAGUCCUGAGAAUAUUAGUUAAUAGAGUUACUUAAACAUAUUGAAUGUCUCAGAAUACACAGAAGCUUUUCACAAAAAAGCUAAAUAAAAUCCUAAUAACUAAAGUAACAUAUUUUGAAUAUUGUUGUUAGAGAUUUAGUAACUUGCUAAAUGAUCCAUGCACUGAUGGUUUGUGUCAUAAUGCAAUUAUAAUGCAAUAAAGCUCCUAACUUCAAUUAAUGACAUUUUUGAAGUGUCUCAUAGUUACACAGUUACACAUCUACAAUAUGAAUCACUGUACUGAGUGUUCAACAAUAUAUAUGAAAUAUAAUUGGUUAAAAAUACAUUUGGCACAGUUCAAAUAUUAGAAAAUGAGUAAACGCUUACCUGAUGAAUUCACAGAGAUCUCUGGGGUACAGUAAGGGUUUCAUAUGUAUUUUAAAAUUCAUUUAGCAUUAAGAUUUGAAUCUUCACCAUAAUGAUGAUUCAGAUAAAAAUAAACAUUUCUUCCCCAUGAACAUCACUUCAGCUCUUCAGUGGUCCAUUUGACUGUUUUUUGAACCUCCGUUAGAGACACCUUGUUGACCUCUCAUUCAUCCAAGCUCCGUCUCUCAUGAUGUCCUUCUGCACAUCAGUUAACCAAUUAACGUCCUUCCCUGAUUUUGGCUUCCACAGGGGUCUUUCUCUACAUCCACCCUUG